AAUUUAGUGCAACUUGUUCAAUAACAGGUAAAAGUUCUUUCAUUGACGGAUCAUGAUACUAUGUCUGGCAUCCCAGAAGCACUGGAAGCAGCUCGUAGAUUUGGCAUUAAGAUUAUUCCCGGAGUUGAAAUCAGUACAAUGUUCUCCCAAGGGUGGGAUUCUGCAUCAGAUGAACCAGUGCACAUUCUUGCAUAUUACAGCAGUUGCGGACCAGCAAAAUAUGAUCAACUAGAGAAGUUCCUGAGUGGUAUACGGGAUGGACGUUUCCUCCGCGCGGAGAACAUGAUUUCAAAACUUAACAAACUGAAGUUGCCCCUUAAGUGGGAGCAGGUAGCAAAAAUUGCAGGAGAAGGAGUUGCUCCAGGGAGGCUGCAUGUUGCUCGUGCUAUGGUUGAAGCUGGCCAUGUAGAGAAUCUAAGACAGGCAUUUUCCCGAUAUCUUUAUGACGGAGGACCUGCUUAUGCUACGUAAUUAUCACGCUUUGGUUAGAUUAAAUCUAUUGCUAAGGUUAUUUUGU